GGAAGAGAGUCCAUAGAAACGGAGCCCGGAGAGCAAAAGUCACAACUGAUGUUAGCUGGUUAAACGAUUUCGUUUAUAGGAGCGUUAAGCCAUUUUUGAGUAACAACGUCAAACCUCACCACACAAAGCAUUACGCAUUAAAAUGGGGGAUAAAAAGCGACAUACUCUCCCCAAACGUAUUUUUAUCAACGACGUCGACAGAUAUUCUUCCAUGCACAUCGCUAAGUUUUUAUCCACUUCACGCGCGGGUGGAGAAGACUCUGAAGAAGAGGAAGCCGACACCGUAGAAAGUUCGAGGCGAGGCGAAGCUGCUUUUCAAAUAGUGGGAACUGUGUCUCCUUCCAGCAAAGAAGGCGAUGGCGACUUUCUGCUUGAAAAGUACACGUCAUCAACACGAGGCGAGCUUCUUGAGCGCCUGCUGGAGUGUGACGUGGUGGUGUACAACAUCUCAGAGAGUGCAACACAACAACCGGUUGAAGAAGCAACAUGGGCAAUCACAGCCCUCAGUGCCGAGAUGGAGAACUUCAAGUCUCGAAAAAUGUUCAUCUUAGUCUCAAGUGUGAUGACCUGGGCCAUGACCAAGGCACAGAAUCCGGAAGAAUCGGGUGUUCUGCUUACAGAGGAACAGUUCAGAAGAAGAAGGCCACAUCCCAAUUUUAGAAAACACAAUAACGUGGAGAAAGUUGUGCUGGAACUAGCUAGAGGUAAAAAGUCCAAGCUUGUUGGAUAUGUUGUAGGUAGUGGACUUCAGUAUGGAAAGGGAGAGAACCUCUUUAACUACUUUUUCAAGGAGUCUUGGUUGAUGCAGUUUCCAAAAGUUCCUCUCUUUGGAAAGGGCACAAAUCAUAUCCCCACGAUUCACGUCAAUGAUCUCGCAGGAGUGAUCCAAAACAUCGUUGAACUCAAGCCAAAGUCCAGGUACAUCCUUGCUGUUGAUGACUCCAAGAACACUUUAGAGGAUAUUGUAAAGGUCAUAAGCGAUACACUUGGGUCUGGAAAAAUUAACAAAUUACCUCAGCAGGAUGCCAUUGCCAUGAAGGCUUUUACGCCAGGCGAAUUGGAAUACCUCAAUAUCAACCUCCGCCUGGAUGCUUUCAUUAUCAAAGACUCCUUCAGUCUCCACUGGACGUCUGAAGCUGGGAUGGUUGAAAACAUGGCAAGCAUUGUUGAGGAGUACAAAGACACCAGGCAGCUUCUUCCAAUCAGAAUAUGCCUGGCUGGACCUCCAGCGGUGGGUAAAAGCACUAUUGCCGAGAAGCUGUGCAGUCAUUACAAAAUACACCACAUCAAGAUCAAAGAGGUCAUUGAGGAAAAUCUCACACAGCUGAAGGAGAUAGUGAAUGGAUCGGACCCUGAAAUGUUCAGUGAAGAGGUAGCUACUGCUGCACAGAAACAACUGGAACAAAUUAACAAAAGCAUGGAAAUGGAUGAAGGUCGACUGUCUGACCAUCUAGUUUUUGACAUUUUGAAAGAAAAGCUGAAUUCCCAGCCAUGCAGGAACCAAGGAUUUGUUCUUGAUGGCUUUCCCAGGUCUUAUGAGCAGGCAAGGCUGAUUUUCUCCGAUGAGGACACAGAGGACCAGGAUUUGAUUCCCAAAAAACCUGUGCACAACACGGAGAUUACUCCAGAGCAUGUUUUUGUCCUCGAUGCAACAGAUGAUUUUCUGACAAAGAGAGCUCUGGGACUUCCACAGAGUGUUGCAGAUGAAAUGCGUUACACCCAAGAGGAAUUUGUCCCUCGCUUGACGAGAUACAGGCAACUGAGUACAGCGGAGGAAACCCUGCCGGACUACUUUGAUGAGCAGGAGAUUCACCCACAACAUAUUGAGGUCACCACAGACGAUUCAGAAUACACAGGUGUUAUGCAGAAGAUCAUUGAGAUUGUGGGGAUUCCCAAAAACUAUGGCCCGAGUGCAGAGGAGCUGGAAGAGGAGGACCGGAAGAGAGACGAGGAGAGGAAGCAGAAGGAGACCGAGGAGGCUGCCGACAGGAAACGUAGGAAUGAAGCUGCAAUGGCUGAGAUGGCGGCUCAGUAUAAGGAGUGGCAGAGGAACUUGUCCGAGGUGGAGCGUCAGGAGCACGAGCUGCUGGAAGCUCACUCUCUUCCUCUGAGGAACUAUCUGAUGAAGUACGUGAUGCCCCCGCUCUCUGAAGCCAUGUUAGACUGCUCCAAGAUCAAACCAGAGGAACCCGUCGAAUUUCUGGCUGAACAUCUACUCAGAAACAACCAACAACCAUAAUUCAUAAGGCAUUGAUCACAGCAGCAGUAGGUUGGUCUUUCCUUUUAAAAUCAUUAACAAAUGCUUGUGUUUCUCACCUAUCUAUUCAAUAUCAAUUCUGUGGUUUAAGAGUAGUGUUUUUCAUUUUUCCUUUAAGCAUUAAGCAGAAAUUGUCAUUUUAAAUCAAAUUAAAAGGUUGAUAAUUUAGUUGAUGUUAUUAGAUUGAUUUCUUGUAAAAGGUCAGAGGUCAAGUGCUCCAUUGGAAGGCCCACGCCUAUAUAUAUAUAUAUAUAUAUAUAUAUAUAUAUAUACAGUAUAUAUACAUACAUAUAGACAUAUUGAUUUUUCUUAAAUAAGAUGUAUAUCAAGAAAGGAUCUGGAAAGAAGCUGAAAAGUAUUGUGUUCUUCACAUUUGGGAUAUGAAAACUAAACAAUGAAUUACUUGACUAUGAAAUAUGUGUGCAUAACAGUCACUAUUGCAGAACAAAAUCCAUUAUAAUCAUCUGAUAAUACAAAUUAGAUUUAAAGUAUGCUGAUGUGUUGAACUAAAACUGUGAUUCAACAUUGUACACAAGCUCAUAGAGUAAUAAAAUGCAUUGCUCUCUGUUGA